AUGCAAGCCCUUGAGAGAAAUCUCUCUGAUCUUCACAUUGUGUUGCAAGAUGGAGAAAAGUCAAUGGCUCUAUUGAACCCAAUAUCGAUCAUAUCAGAUAUGAAUGAUUUUGUUAGUAGAUUAUCACCCGAUGACAUUGGUCUGUGUUCGAGUGUUUUAUUUCAUGAGGAAAAGGGUAUAUUUGCCUAUGUUCAUCAAUCAAUAACACUCUAUCCAAGCACACAAGGUAACAAGACAAUGACAUUGAGUAGGAAGGCCAUCUUUGAUUUUCUUUUAAAUUAUAUCAAGAUUGCUCGGGAGAGAAUUUUAGAACAGGCUCUCAUCAUUAAACGGUGGUGUGUCAAUGUUUUUAGACGUGAAAGUUCGAACCAAGUUAGAUUAUCAACAAUAGCACCACUGAUUAAAUUAUUAAUUAUUUUGAUGGAAAAUGGAUCAAGUUUAAUCAAAUCAUCUUCAUCGUCAUCUUUAACAACAGCUGCUAACCAACAACAACAGGAAGGUGAUUUGAUGGAGGAUGAUAAUAACAAUAAUAAUGAAACAACAAUAACAAGAUCACCAGCCGAAUCCGAAACAAGUUUAAACAUCAAGGAAGUAUUUCAAGUUUAUUUCAAAGAGUUUCAAAGAAUGACAAAUAGUGGAAAUCAAUCUGUAAAAGGAGCAAUUUUGCAUUUGUUAGGUGUAUUGUGUGAGUACUUCCCAGGAGAAACUCACAUGUAUCAACAACAAAUGUUAUCACUCUUGAUGAAUACAUUAUUGAAUCAAUCAAAAAAGGCUAAACCAGAACCACAACUUAUUGCAUCAACAUUUAGAGGGCUUUCUCAUUUCUUGUCACAAUUUGGUGGCUCUGUAGAGGAAGGAUCAUCAUAUAUUAAACCACUUUAUCAAUUAAUUUGUACAAGUUUGGAACUUGUCAAUGAAACAAGAUAUGAUGUACCUAAAGCAGCUCUAAUUAUGAUUUCAAAACAUGCUUAUCAAUUUAAGGAAUAUCUCACUGUUGAUGCUGAAAAGAUGUUUGACAGAUUGUCAACUCUAUGUUCUCACAGAAAUGACAAGGUUAGAAAGAAUUCAUUUCCAGCACUUGAAAGCUUUUUAGCUCAAAUUUCCUAUGAACUUGUACGUGAAGGAGGGAGAAAAUUAGAAUCCAACUUGAGGACAUUUAAAAAUCUGAUGCAAAAAUUCAAAUCUUUAUUAUCACUCAAUUUUGCAGAUAUUACAAUGACUCAAGGAAGUGGAACUUCCUCACCUCCAACUACCAAUCCAACCUUUAACAAAUACUACCUAAGCAUUGCUAUUAGAAGUUUUGGACAAUUUGCAUUACCAAUGAAAAAAUUCCUAACUCAAAGUGAUACUAAGAUGAUUUUGAGACAACUAAUGAAAUUGAGUGAUCAAUUAUUAACUAGAAGUCAAGAACAAUUAGAAGAAUCAGUUUCUCAUAUUCCUUCAUUUUUGUCUGCUUUUGCAAAUAUUAUUUUGGAAUUGGAUACUAUUGAUUCUUGGAUUUUAGAUUCAUUAGAAAAGAUUUCUGGUAUUCUCUUUUUAGUUUACCCUAAGCAAUAUUUAUUCCCAAAGUAUAGGUAUGCCAACUAUAGUGCAUUUGUAAAAUUAUUAAUUGCUUUGUAUUUGAAGGAAAGAGCACUGUCCAGCUUUUUGGAUAGAAUUAUUUUCCAAAGUAUGACCUUGACAAUAUCCUCUGUAAAUAGUAUGGUUUCCACUAAUGAUGUGAAUUUGGAUAUGGAUCAACCAGUUUCUCUCUAUGAAGAAUAUUUGGACUUGUGGUAUAAUAUUUUGAAUCCAAAGACUAUCAAAUUGGGAGAAUGGAACUAUCCUUGGAUUGAUUUAUCUUUUUCUGAGGAAGUAAUUGAACAUUUACAUUCUCUUGUUUAUGACAAGAUUAUAGAAGUAAUUAUGCAAAUGAUUUCUAAAUUUGAUCUAAGAUGUACAAAUGUUAAUAAUAUUAGUAACCAAGCUGGUUCUACUCCAGUUGAGGUUUCUGCUGAAAUGAUUCAAGAUGCUCUCAUACCAUCCAAUGCUAAAGAUAUGGAACUUUUCUUAAAUUUGAUCGAAUUCACCAAGCUAUUCAUGAAAAAGUGCAAACCAAAACACUUUAUUAGAUGGAACUAUAUAUUUUCAAAACUUUUAAUUGAAAAGUCUACUCAAUAUUCAUAUAUUAGUGGUUUUUAUAAACUACUCUCAGUUGCUAUGAGGAUUAGUGACAGGAAUUUCAUUGAUUUGAGAUACUUUGUACAUCCACUUCAGCUCUCAUUCGAACUAGGUCUUAGCUAUUUGCCUCUUGCUGAUAUUGGCCUAAAAGCACUAGAGCAUUGGAUUAAAGUUUUGCCAAAGAAGGAAAUUACAGAGAAAUGUUUACCAAAGGUCUUACCAAAGUUGAAUCCAUAUCUUAUGGUUAAACAUAACUCUUCUGUUGGUAUUGGAGAGGAGAAUUCUGGAGCUGAUUCUGAUGUAGUGGAUGUGAAGAAAUUAUUAAAAGGACAAACAAAGAACUCUAUAAGAAAGAUUAAUGAUGACAAGUCUAAAUCACAAAACAAGUCAUCUUCUGAUCAAACUCCACUUGGAAAAGUACAAUUGGGAGUUAUCAGAUUACUGGGUAAAAUUGGUGGUGAUAAUAUUCUUAUCUUGAACUCUGCCUCUGAGAAAGAAGCUGAUGAAAAUAUCAUUAGAUGGGACACUGAGCAAAGGGUUAAGUUUUCAAUGCCAUUCCGUGAUGUUAAAUUAGAGCUGUACUUUGAUUCCAUUCUCCCAAGAAUUACUGAAUUGGCUGAAAAGUCUAGUGAUCGUCAAACAAAGAUUGCGGCUUGUGAGUUCUUGCACUCUCUUGUCCUGUACAUGGUUGGUAAGAAUGCUUACAGUCCACAAGCAAGACAAAGAGCACAAGAAAUCCAAUUAAAGCAGGCAGAAGAAGACGAAAAGAGGAAAAAACAAGAUAAUAAUACCAAUGAUGAAGAUGCCACUACCAUUGUUGUUUCCACUGAUCCAACACCAUACUUUAAGAUUUACGAAAAGAUCUUCCCUGUUCUUUUAAGAUUAUCUGUGGAUACUGAACAAGUGACUAAACAAUUGUUCGAACCUUUAAUAUUCCAAUUAGUCCAUUGGCUUACCCAAAACAUGCAAUAUGAAAAUAAGGAAACAAUGGCUCUCCUCGAUGCUAUUAUUGACUCCAUGUCAGAGACUACUGAUGGUGCCUUGAGAGAUCAAUGCUCAUUACUUUUGAAUGAAUUCCUCAAGUGGUCUGUUAAACAUGAUAAGGAUGGCAAAUUUAUUAAUGUCAAGUCUCUUUUCCAAAGAUUGUACAGUAACAUUCACCAUCCUAAUUUGUUUAAACGUUUGGGUGCCAUUAUGGCUUUCAAUAGUAUGUACAAGAGUUUCAGAGAAGUGGAUUCACUUGUCCAGAGACACGUUUUAGAUUGGUUACACAAUGUUAUUGUGAGUUUAAAGAUUGUAGAUAACGAGGCAUCUUCAUUAGACCAGAAAAGUUCAGAAAAUUCUCUAGGUUUAGUAGAAAAGACUAUUCAACUCAUAGAUCACAUUGAAAGAAUUAUUGUUGCCAAAUCACAUUUAUUAAUCAAGGAAAACGAUAGAAGAAUACAUGUUACACUUGCACAUGCAGUUGAUUGGAUAUUUAUGCAAUGUGGCAAUGGAGAACGAAUUUGUCGUGAGCAAUGUAUGAAGCUAUUCCCAACAUUAUGUAUGCUCCUUCCUGGUUUUGAUUCAGAUGAUGGUCCAAGAAGAUGGAUCCAUGCUAAAUUCAAGGCUGAUGAGUCCAGUGUACUUAAGGUUGUUGAUGUUCCUUCCUCUUUAAUUCCUUCUUAUUCAUCUUCUAUUAAGGUCAAAUCAGAGAAAGAGGAAAAGAAGAAUGUGAAGAAUACUUUGACAACUGCUACAGAUAUUUCAUACUUUGAACAAGUUAUGAUUUGGUUACAAAAGCUAGAAGCAUCAUUUGACUGUUUGUAUUGGCUCUUCAAUCACAAAUUCCUCUACCCUCACCAAUUGUUCAACUUGGAAAAGGAACACGAUGAAAUUGAGAGCGAGAACAAGAGAUCAAGUUCCUCUGGUGGUAGACUUGCCAAUUAUAAGAAGAGAAAAGUUGAGAGUACCUCUGAUCCAAUGUUGGAUGAGGACGAAGAUGUGAAAGGUAAAGAUGACGGAGAAGAGGAAUAUGUCUCCUCUUAUUCUUGUUCCAUCAUGAGUCAUAUCUAUCACUUUAUUGAGAAAUUUGCUUUGAAGAAGCCAAGUGAUUGUUUCCUGAUUAUUAAUACAUUGGAUAGUGAAAAGUUUGUCAACAGAAAGACAUCUACAACCUUCAGAUUACUUAACUUUAUUGGUCUUAUCCUCGACAAGUAUCCAAGUACAUUGACUGGACAAAAGGUGAAUGGAAAUGAAAGCAUUAUGGAAACUGACAAGUUUAUCAAGUUGCUCAUAAUGUGCAUUUUAGCUCCAGGAAAACAAGGCUUCAAUACAAACAAUGAAGAUGUACAAACAAUACUUCCAAGAUAUACUAGAAAGAUUUUCGAAGGUAUUACAAAUUAUGCCAAACAAUCCAAGUCUAUUGGACAAACUGUUAUGACCAGAACUAGGAAAAUUUUGAAUGAAAUUCUUGGAUUGUAUGUCCAGAGGUAUAUUACUGGAUUGGAUUUCAAGAAGUCUUCCAGGAUGAACAUGGAUGACUAUACUUUCUUAUUUAGAGAAAAGUAUUUGCUAAUGUUAUUUCAAAUAAGUUAUUCACUGAAAAUUUCGAUUCUCUUAUGGGACCAGUCAAUGUCAUUAUAUCAAAGGAGUUGUUGCAAUUAUGCUUUGAUUUUGGAUUGGGCCGAAAGUAUUUUGAACUAUGUUACUACAUCUGAUCCUACCUCAUCAGGUGAGAGUGUACUUUCAAAGAAGUUAUCACAAAUUGAUAAUUCUUAUCAAGUAGCAGGUGAUGAAGGAGACAGAUCAAGAAAUGCAAUUCACAGAGUAAAACCAAGUACAAAAGGCGCCCUUUUCUACAAAACAUUCCAGUCAGAAAUUGAUAACUAUAUUUCUGAACAUAUGGACCAAUUUGCCAGGUUGAUUAUAGGCAGAAUAGCAAGCAUUUCUAAUUCCAACAAACGUGACCAAGAAAACGAGUUUAACCAUCACUUUUUAUUUGACGUCUUGUUGAGUGUAAGCUUAAAGUUUAUGAGGUUAUCCCUAUCUAAAAAGGAGAAAAAGACAAUGUUUGUUAUUCAAAUAUUGGAUUGCUCACAACCAGUAUUGGAAAAAUGUGGAGGAAAUAUUGAUGAUGACUUUAAACUUAAAACUAUGUCCCUAAUUGAAAGAUUGUUCAACAUUGAGUCUUCAUGCAUCCUCCAACAUGGUGUCUAUCAAAAUGCUAUCAUUGACUUCUUACUUGCUUGUUUGAGAAUCAAGAGAGAUGAUGCUACAUCAAGAAAUGAUAACGAUGAAGCUACCUUUGGUCUCUUUGACUUAAAGUUGAGAGCUAUUAGAAUUUUACCUAUUUUAUUUAAACAUUCAGCUGCUCAACCUGAAACACAAGGAAAAUUACCUGAGGAACUUAAUUCGAUCCUUAGACAAGUCAAGUCUAUUGUUAUUAAUGAGUUCCCACUCAAUUAUGAAGAAAUAGAGCCAGAGACUAGUGAAUAUGAUGAUCACAUUUCCUUGCUUGAAGACUUGCUCUAUGCUGUUCAAUCUUCUGAUAGUGUUGACUUUUUAGAACAGGUAUUACCUCUUUUCAGAUGGAAGAACCAUCCACUCCAAGAAAAGAUGACCAAUGCCUUAAAGGUGUUGUUUGGAAAAUUCACUGAUGAAAAGCGGUUAAAGUCUGCCAAUAUUUGUUUAGAAACAUUCUAUAAGGAAAGUUUGCCAAUAGAUAUUAGAAGACAAAUCAUACAGUGGGUAUGUCUCACUUGUUUGACUCAUAUGCCUGAAAGAGGUCUUGUACAAUUCUUUGAAGACAAUAUUCAGAAAUUAAUGAAGUCUAUUGCUAAACCAACUGCUCUCAGCGAAACUAUAUCUAAUCCAAAUAUUGAAGAAUUGGAAGCUGAUUCUGUUCGUGCUCUAUUUGUAACUAGAACAUGUUGUUAUAAUUUAUUGGAAGCAAUGUAUCGUUUAUUGCCUGCUUCUGCUGUAAAGGAAUAUAUUAACAACAAGUAUUGUGAAAAGCAAUCAUCCGGUAGUGGUCAAUUAACUGGCAAGGAACUCACAGAAAAGGUUAUGAGAUCAAGCUUUGCUGCUCGUUCCUGGAAACCAUCUGACCAAGAGUACAAGGUUUUGGGUUAUGAAUUAUUGUUGGACUUUAGAACAAGUGCCUUUAAUGUAUUGGCUGGUGGUGUAAAAUGUACCCAAACACAAGAAAAGUUCUACACUGGUUUCCUUUUCAAAGAAAAAGAAGAAGAUUUGUGGGAAAAUAUUAUCGAUACCAAUCGUGAAUAUAAGUUUGAAAUUGAAACGAACUUUGCCUUCCAUAGAAAAGCUGUUGAUGAACUUAGAAUUGACUCUAAUCAGCCAACUUCUGAUAAUGGUAAAAGAAAAGCUGGUGAAUUGAGAAUUGGCUAUCUCUCUUCACAAUAUUUAUCGGAUAGUUCACUCUCCUCAAGCAUGCCAUUUGCAGGAAGCUUUUUCAUUCCUGGUUCCAAAUAUUCUGAGGAAGUAACCAAAUCAUCUGAAGAUGAAUCUAAGGAAAGUGAAAAGACACCAAAUGUUGAUAACAGUUCUACUCUAGAAAUGGAUGAAGUGAACACUAAUCCAUGUAUGGCUUCAAUUUUGAGAACUGUUGACCAUAUGGUUUCCAUAUUCAAAUAUCCUGUUGGUUCUGAUAAGGCAGCAGCAAACUCUGCAAUGCCUUCCUGGAUGGCUGAAAUGCACAAAAAGUUAAAUAAUGACGAAACUCACAGAAAUAUCAAGCUCUUCCUCUGCAAGAUUAUCACAAAUAGACCAACUAUAUUUGAACCAUUUUCCAAGUAUUUCUUCGAGCCAAUUAUUAAAUUUAUUAUGAAGGAAGAGGAUGACCAAAAGAAGAAUGAAGAUCUUUCCUCUAAGGGUAUCACCUAUUUCAUUAGAGAUUUAAUAAUUUUACUCUUAAAGUGGAAGGAUGUUUCACCAAGUAAAUCCACUCAAGGAAAGGAACUAGUUUCUAGACUACUUGCUUUCAUGUUUAAGAAUUGUGCUCAUCAAAAGAAGGUAGUACUCAGAUCCAACUUGGAACUUGUCAAACUUAUUGUUGAAAAGUGGAAGGAUAGUUUAACUAUUAACAAGUCAAUCAUUCUUGGUUGGAUUUGUCACGAUGAAAACAAGUCUACAGCCAAGCUUGCCAGAACGACUGGUCUUCAACUUUUGGGUAUCUUGUUGGCUAAUGAUAUUCCUGUUUUUGAUGCAACAACAGACUCAACCAUUAUCACAGAGGAAAAGUUCUAUGAAAAGAUUUUGGAAAAUAUAUCAUUCAAAAACAAGGAUGUCUAUGAGGCUGCUUCUGAAAUUUGUGGUAUGAUUCUCAAGAGUCUUUCAAAACUUGCCAAUACCAACGAAAGUGUUGUCACAUUCGAAAGAUUAUUGCUUGCAACUUGUUCUUCAUUCUUACAAAAAAUGCAAUAUGACAGAUUCUUGAAUUGUCUCUACAAGAUUGGUAUCCAUGAUACUGCAUUCAUUGAUCACUUCUUGCCUUCCAAGAUAUUGGACAUUUUACCAAACUUGUAUGGUGUUUAUAAGAAGAUUGCUCUCCAACUUAUUACAUGGAGAGCAGAAUUUGUUCCAGAUUUGUACACUUCUUUGAAACCAUUCUUGAGACAAAACCUUCAACACAAGGACGAACCAACUCAAUUGCUUACUCUUCAAAUCAUUUAUCAAUUGUUAAAGACCAUUAACAAAUCUGAUAUAAUGCACUUUAUGGAAAUUAUGACUCAAUACAUCAAUACUAGUGAUGUUCAAAUGUUUAGUACCUUCUCCGAACCAUGUCGUGAAAAGUACUAUGAUAUUUUGAUUUGGCUUUUCGAUAACAAACCUACAGAGUUCAGAGGAGAAGAAGUCAUUAGAACUGAGCUUAUCAAGGCUAUGAAUGACAUUUCAGAGGAUAUUAGAAAGAAGAUGCUCCACUUUUGGGAUCAUGAAUCUAGACUUUCCAAUGAAAGUUUGAAACGUUUGGAACAAACAUUCUCCUUGCUUUACUCUAAUAAUCUUGGAGACAAGUGGCUUCAAUUCAGUUCUUACUUGUUGCUACAAUUAUUGCACCGUUCUCCAGACUUUUCUGAUGCCAAUGCCAUUUUCUCUGAAAGUUUGUCUAAUUGUGUUUUCAAGGAAUACAAGAUUGAUACAAGUUGGCAACACAAGAGUUUACCUCUCACAGCCACCUCGAUUGUUCUCAGCUCUCAAGGAGGCAGAAAAGGUUCAAGUUCAUUGCAAAGCUAUGCUUCACUUCCAUAUGAAUCUUUAGCUCUUGAAGAUCCUUACAAUACUAUGAGCUUAUCUCAAUCUGGUGGUCUAAUCCACAACUUCCUGCCUUUGACAGUUUCUAAUAAUAGUAAUAGUACUAGUAGUGGAAAUGAACAACAAGGUACCUCAUCUACAAGUGGUGGAGAAGGUUCUUCAUCUGACGAUUUCCAAACACCAUAUCUCAGAAGAAGAUUCUUGAAACUGAAAGAAACAACCAUGACACAAUAUCAAGCAAGAAGAGCUGUACGUAUCAAGAAGGAAAAAGAAGCUUGGGAAACACGUCAAAAGAUUGCCAAGAAGAAUAGAAUUACCAUGUACAGAAAGUACAGAACAGGAGAAUUGCCUGACAUUCAAAUUUCUUUGAAGGAAAUUAUUACACCUCUGCAAGCAUUGUGUAUUUAUGAUGUAUCAUUGGCUAGACACUUGUUUGUGUCAGUAUUUACUUCACUCUAUCCUAACAUGGAAAAACUCUCAGAAAAACAAUCAGAACCACUCAAGCAUAGCAUUCACACAAACUUGCAACAAAUGUUGAAGAAAUCACCAGAUAGUUCCCUUCUGGUUUCUGCAUUGCUUUCUGUUAUUUUGGAUACUGAAGAUCUUCAACAACCUAAGAACAAUAUUCUCACUCCUAAACUUAUUCGCUCGGUCAGUAUGCAGAGCCACAAUGUUGAAUUGGGUAUUUUAUUGUUGGAACAUCUCAUUGAAAAUAAUCUUAUUGAGACUACAGCCAUGGAAGAUGAGAACAUUGCUGGACAAGAUGAUAUGAGACCUUACAUAGAUGCUUGGAUAGAACUUGGUAAAUUGUACAAGGCCAUUGAUGAACAAGAUGUUAUUCGUUCCAUUUUCGAAUACCAUGUAGCCCAACAAGAAAAUACCAAAAAGGCACUUUCAGAUGAACUCGAUGGCAGAUAUAAUAGUGCUUUGAAGAUAUACAGUCAAGGUGUAGAUCAAUGGGAUUCUGGUUGGCAAACUCACGACACACCUCCAAUUGAAGAGGAAGUUGAAUUUUGGAGAACACAAAAAUUGGAAUGUCUCAAGAAGAUGAAUUCUUGGGACUUGGUCUUGCAAGAAGUUCUUUCCGAAGUGCAAAAGAGAACCAAGUCUGAAUCUGAACAACUUCUCAAUCAAAAGAUUUGGGAGGCAUCAGAAUUGAACGAAAAUUUACUUUCCUUGUAUUUGGAUAGUAAUCUCAAACAAAAGGACAAAUGGUCAUCUCUCAAGACAUUUAUUGAAGAAUCCAUGUCAUCAAAUGUAAAGAGAGAAAUUUUAGAAACCAAGUAUAGCAACAAAUUGGCAAACUUGUCCUUAUUCACACAUCAAUAUGAAAAGGCCAAGUCCUAUGUUGUAGAUAGUUAUGCCGAAUUCUUAAUGUCUUGGAGUACUUUAUCACCACUUGCCAAGACUGGAAGACAUCUUCAUCUCCAAAGACUUCAACCUCUUGUAGAAAUGGAAGAAUUUAUUCAAUUAUGGCAAAACCAAUCAGAUGCUAAAUCAAAGAAUCUUAUUAGAAUGUUGAAGGAUUGGAGAUCAAGAUAUCCAAGUUCCUACAUUGAUGAUAUGAAUACUUGGGACAAUGUAAUUUCCAACAGAAACUUUAUGUAUGAUUUGAUUUCACAAAACUUGGAGAACUUUACUGAAAAGGAUACCUCUUCGAGUGUAUUAUUACCUUCUUCUAGGCCAAAGCUUCGUCCACUCACUAGUAGUUUGAUUGGAGAGUCACCAAGUCUUACUCUCAGUCUUUCAGAACAAGAGGAUUAUCAAGCACUUGCUGGUGGUCUUUCAAAUAUUGCUAGUGGCACAUUAGAUUUGGAUACCUUGUCAAAGACAGUUACAAGAGAGAAGGCCGUCAUGUUCUUGACAGUCACCAAAGCAGCUAGAAAGCAAAAGAACAAUACUGUUGCUCAAAGCUAUCUCAAAGUUGCUCAAGCUGCAAGCAAAAAGCUCUUGGAAGUAACUAAUAGUGCCGAUUCAUCUGAUGCUCUUUCAUUCGACUUUGAAUUUUUCAAAUCCCUUGUUAAAUUGUUAAAGAUCAAGGCUCUCACAUCUGGCAGAGGUUCAAGCAGUGAGACCAAAGAUGUUUUCGACAAGCUCAUCAAGUUUAUCAAACAAAACGCCACUAAGUAUGGAAAGGAAGUCAAUGAUGCCAGUCAAACAGUACCAACAAGUUAUGUACUCACUUACAAGCUUUUGGAUGCUGAUGCCAAUUCUUCAUUUGCUAAUACUUUGAGAGAAAAUACCAAACUUGGAGGCAAUCCUGAAGAUUACUUGCAAACAGCCCUCAAUAGAUACAAGGAAUCUGUAGAAAUAGUUAAUAAGAAUACUAAUGACGAUAGCAAUGUCGUUAUCAAAAUUGAAGACGGAAACAAUACUAUUUCUCCAUAUCAAUCUGCCAAGAUUUAUCUCAAGUUUGCCAUCUUUUGUGAUGAAAUUUUGAAAGAACGUCUUGGUCAAAAAUAUACUGAUGAUGAAGAUUUAGUUAUUACCAGAGAAGGGUCUUCAAAAUUACCAUCCAAUGAUAUUCUUGCUGAGCAUAUUGUUGAAAAUAUGUUGAACAGUAUGAAGUAUUACAAUAAGGAAGCUAGAGAUAGAUUCCCUAGAUUGUUGGAAUUGAUUGAAAAAUUCCCAUCCACCAGAAAGAUCUUUGCCAAAUUUGCUCCAACAUCAACCUCUUUACAAAUUCCAAGUUGGAUGUUUAUUACAUGGAUCUCACAAAUGUUGGCCCAUUUGACUGGACCAGAAGGUGAAUGUUUAAUUCCAAUCCUCUUGUCUCUUGCCGAGAAUUAUCCACAAUCUCUCUACUAUCCACUCAAUAUCAGCUCUGAAGAUAUUAUUGGUUCCUUUGAAAGAGGUAAUACAGGUAUAACACGUAAAGUUCUUGAAGGUAUCAAAUUAAUGAAACAAAAGGUUAGAAAUCCUCUCAUUGAAACAUUUAUCUUCUCACUGAAGAAACUUAACCAUCCUGAACUUAGAUUCAAAGCUUACAUGGAUGAUAUUAAAGAAAUUAUGAAAUCAAAGAAUUACAAAUCGGAAAAGGAAAGAAAGAGGGAUAUCAAAUCCAAGUGGGAAGAGGCAUUCGAUGACUUGUUCGAUCCAAAUGCACCAAAUGUUGGUGUCUACAAUACCAGAUUUGCCAAGAACUGGGUUCCACAAAUUAAGAAAGAUUUUGGUGGUAGAGAUGGUGCCAAAGUGAUGGAAAUGACAGACAAGACAUUCGAGCAACUUUAUGCUGUCAAAUUUAAAAAGAUGAAGGAAACCAAGGGUGCUAUGAUACCUGGUAAGACCAAGUUGGAAUACUUCUCCAAGUGGAUGUUUGACUUCCAUCAAUCUUCCACAAGAGGUAGUAAUGAAACCAUCUCAUCCUCUAGUGAUGUUGUUGAGAAUGGAGGAAACUUUUAUAUUGAAGUUCCUGGUCAGUAUAUUAAUAACGUUGGCAAGGCAGCAGCUGCACUCAUGUUGGGCAGUGUUGGAAUGUCAAGUAAGCAAAACAAUAUGCAAGCUCCAAGUAUUGAUGAGCAUGUGAGAAUUAUCAGCUUUGAUCCAAACUUGUUAACCAUGUCUUCUAUGAGAAAGCCAAAGAGGUUGAAGAUUCACGGUUCAGAUGAGAAGGACUAUGCUUUCCUUGUUAAGGGUGGUGAAGAUUUACGUCAAGAUCAAAGAAUUCAACAAUUGUUCCAUGUCAUGAACAAUAUUCUCGACAAAGAUACCAACUGUAAACAAAGAGAUUUGAACAUUAGAAUGUACAAGGUUGUUCCAAUGAGUUCUGAAGUUGGUAUUAUUGAAUGGGUUGACAAUACCAUGCCACUCAAAGCAAUUAUUGAAGAACAAUUGAAUAAGCAAACUGGAACUCAUGACCAAGAAGUAUUGAAACAUCCAUCUGCAUCUAUCCAUCUUAAAAUGUUGGAGAAGGUAUCAGGAUCUAAAGGUGCUGAAUACACUCUCUAUCAAAAGUAUUUGGUCACUUACUCAAAUGCAGACCAAGACAUGUUGGAACAAACAAUGGAUGAACAGUACAAACUUAUUGAUCCAGACUUGUUGAGAAAUGGCUUGAGAUCAUUGGCAAUGUCCAACGAAGCAUACUUUACCAUUAGAAAUAGAUUUGCUAAAUCCCUUGCUACCUUCUCGAUUAGUUCCUAUGUUUUGGGUAUUGGAGAUCGUCACUUGGAAAACUUCCUUGUUGAUUUCUCAGAAGGAUCCUUGAUUGGUAUCGAUUUUGGUCAUGCUUUUGGUAGUGCUACUGAAAUUUUACCUGUUCCUGAAUUAAUGCCUUUCAGAUUGACUCGUCAAAUGUUGGCUAUCUUUUCACCAAUUUCUACUACUUUGGACGACUUUGCCAACGAAAAUGUUGGUACUGGUUUACUAUUUGAAAGUAUGGUACAUUGCAUGAGAGCUUUACAUAAUAAUCGACAUAUUUUAUUGAAUACUAUGGAUGUAUUUAUCAAGGAACCAUUAGUAGAUUGGUUGAAGAAUGCCAAGAAGAAUCCACAAUUCUAUCAAAUGUCUGCUGAGAAUUUACCAAAUUCUGCCUCUAGCUCAUCAUCUUCUGAGGCUUCUCAAGAUGGUGAUCAGUCCUUAAUGAAGUGGUAUCCUCAAAGAAAAGUCGAACUUGCCAAGAUGAAACUUGAAUUGGCUAAUCCUAAAGUUAUUUUCAAGAGUGAUGCUCAAGCCAAUUUACACUUGAAAAAGGGAUUGAAAUAUGUGGACAGAGCCAUUGAAGGUGAUCCAAAAACCAACAAGAGAGCCAAGGUUGGAGAAACUUGUUCAUCCAUCAAGGAACAAGUUGAAUGCUUAAUCGACAUGGCAACCGAUGUUAAGAUUUUAGGUAGAACUUAUAUUGGUUGGGGAGCUCAAUUUUAAAUUAAUUCUUGUUUAUUUUUAAUAAAGCUUCUUCAU